AUGAAUCAUCAAAUGUUUAUUUUACUCUAUGUGUUUAUGAUUAACUCAUGGUACAAUGCAUUAGCCGCUGAACCUCCCAAUGCUACUAAAACGUUUGCGUCUACCCAAACACUGUUUGCGAAUCCUGAGCGAGGAUGGAUUACACAUCGAUUCUCGGAUGAUGUUUACGACGUUGAUAGCCUACGAAGUAGUGCGGAAAAAGUGUCACUACUCUUGAUCAAAAUCGAUAUAUCAGCUUACCGAAAUAGUUCACAUAUUGGACAAAGUAAACUCAAUGAAAUUCGUUCAGUACUUGCGACUUGUCGUCAGCAGGGUUUAAAAGCCAUCAUGCGUUCGGCCUACUCGUGGGAUUUAGUUCUUGCUCCAGAACCAAAAAGUCUGGAAACUGUCAAAGGUCAUAUCAUGGAUAUGAAACCAAUUUAUUAUGAAUACGAAGAUAUCAUUGUUGCUGUCGAAAUGGGCAUGUUUGGUCCAUGGGGUGAAAUGCAUUCAUCGUAUUAUAGCACUGUUAACACGGGAUUGUUCUAUCCCAUUAAAACUAGUGCACUCAGAGAAGUACACGCCACCUAUAUGUCUGCACUACCAACUGCACGAUCAGUCAUUCUUCGUACGCCGUACUAUAUCCGUCAAGUUUUCAAUAGUAAUACUCCUCUAUCACCAGCCGAAGCUUAUAGCAGCAAUCCGAAAGCACGCACCGGUUAUCAUAACGAUGCCUAUCUUUCCAGCAGUACUGAUAGCGGCACCUUCGAUUAUGGAUGGUCACGAGCUCAAGAACUCGCCUAUGUUGGUCAAAUGACUCGGUAUACAUUUUUUGGUGGAGAAACAUACGGCACUCCAAAUGGUCCCUAUAACAAAGCUCAAAAUGCAUUGGUAGAGUCAAAACAACAACAUAUGACUUAUCUUAAUCGAGAUUAUGAUCCACCGAUUUAUAAUGCAUGGGGCACUACCGUAAAACAAGAAUUCACACGUAAACUUGGUUACUGUUUUCAACUGCAAAGUCUUUCUCAUUCGAAAGAAGUGGCACCGGGUGGUUUAUUCAGUUUUUCUCUGAAACUACGAAAUAUCGGCUUUGCAGCUAUGCAUCUGACUCGACCUGUUAAACUAACGCUUGACAACGGCAAAACAGGCAGUACACGCGUCACAUACAACGCGACUCUCAGUGUCGAUCCUCGAACGUGGACACCUGAAGCUAAUGUUAUAAGUAUUGAUCGUAAGCUCCGUAUUCCAGCAAACAUUAAGCAAGGCGUCUGGCGACUACUUUUAGCAUUACCCGAUGGUAGCACACGUUUACAAAGCGAUGUACGCUAUACAGUUCGAUUGGCCAAUGAGAAUAUUUGGAAUGCUGAUGGAACACAUCUGUUAGCCAACGAUAUCUCUAUUACAGCUUCAGCUCCGGGUACACGCACAAAUGAGACCGUAUUUCGCGAGAUUACGGCUUAA